CCCUGAUAACUUCACCAACCCAAUAGACAUUUCCUUCAAUCCUUGUCAUUUAUGAAGCCCCAAAUUCUGACCACUCCACUCACAGUGACAAUUUUCUGUUUUCCAACAAAACCCAAUCUCUCUCUCUCUCUCUUUCUCUCUCUCUGCAGCACUCCCUUGUUUUUAAAAUUUGUGGAGAAAACCAUACAAAACAAUUUAAGCUCCUCAUGUUCUUGAACGCAGACAAAGGUUCUGCAUUUGUUUUGUUUUCUUUGUUGGCUCUCAUGUGGCUCACACCUGCAAGGCCUGAGAAGUGAGCUUUAAUAUUUCUGGGCACAUCUCAGAGUUGCUGAAAAUGGUGGUUCUAUAUUAGAGAUUUGAGUCUAACACAGGAAUUAAACUUUGGUGGUUAUGGAUUAAUGGAGUUGCAGCAGCCUGAAAGGUGUUUGUUCUAAGGACCUAAAGAGCAUUUAUGACACGAACAUACUGGUUUUAGGAGCCUGAAGAGGGGGCAAAGGUGGGGUUUUGAAGUGGUUGGAGGGUUUUUAAUCUUUUGGUACUGUUCCUCUUUCUUAUUUCUGGGUGUUUAGACCUUACCCACAAUGGGGUUUGGGUUCUUUUCUUCUGUAUUUCUUCUCUCACUUUUCAUUAGACCUUUAGUCUGUCAAGAACCCAAUACUGAUGGCUACUUUCUCUCCGAUUUCUUGCAAAAGAUGAGUUUAACUUCAUCUCAUGGUUUCAACUUUUCUGCUCCUGUUUGUUCAUGGAAAAUUGUGUUCUGUGUGGAAGAAAAUAUCAUUGGAUUGGUGGCUUCUGGUUUGGGCCUAUCUGGUUUGAUACCUGACACCACCAUUGGCAAGCUCACAAAGCUUGAAUCCUUGGAUCUAAGCAAUAACAAAAUCACUGGCUUGCCUUCUGAUUUUUGGAGUUUGGGUUCACUCAAGGCCCUCAAUCUCUCAUCUAACCAAAUUUCUGAGAGCCUUCCAAGUAACAUAGGCAAUUUUGGUCUUCUGGAAACCUUGGACUUUUCUAGAAACAAUUUCUCCGGUAACAUCCCUGAAGCCAUGAGCUCCCUUCUUAGCCUUAAAGUUCUUAAGCUCGAUCGAAAUCAGUUUGAAUCAAGCAUUCCAUCAGGAAUUCUGAACUGCCGUUCUAUGCUUCUGCUUGAUCUUUCAUCAAAUAAACUGAGUGGCACUCUCCCUGGUGGUUUUGGCGCUGCAUUUCCUAUGCUCAAAUCCUUGAACCUUGCUGGCAAUGCCAUUCGUGGCCGGGAUUCGGAUUUCUCAGGGAUGAGAUCGGCCGUGUAUCUUAAUAUUUCGCAGAAUCUGUUUCAGGGUUCUGUAAUUGGUCUUUUUCAUGAAGCAUUGGAGGUUAUCGACUUGAGCCAAAACCAGUUUCAGGGACACAUUUCUCAGGUACAUUUCAAUUCUAUCUUCGACUGGUCUCAUUUAGUUUAUCUGGACUUAUCUGAGAAUCAGCUUAGUGGGGAGUUUUUAAGUAACCUCAAUGAUGCAGUGAAUUUAAGACACCUCAAUCUUGCAUAUAACCGAUUCUCGAAACAAGCAUUUCCGGAAAUUAGUAUGCUCCCUCGGUUAGAGUAUUUGAACUUGUCUGGAACUAACCUCAUCGGUCAAAUUCCUGCUGAGAUUUCAGAUUUGAGUGGUUUGAGAACUCUAGAUCUUUCAAAAAAUCACCUCAGCAGCCACAUUCCCCUUUUAAGUAUAGAAAACCUUCAAGUUCUUGAUGUUUCCCACAACAACUUAAGUGGAGAUAUCCCAGCAUCACUCUUGGAGAAACUCCCCUGGAUGGAGAGAUACAACUUCUCCUUCAACAACCUAACCCUCUGUGCUUCAGAAUUUUCUUCCGAAAUCCUGCAAACAGCUUUCAUCGGGUCACUAAACAGUUGCCCAAUUGCCGCAAAUCCUGACCUAUUCAAAAGGAGGAAAGCACCCCAACACAGGGGGUUCAAGCUUGCUAUGGCUUUAACAAUCUCAAUGGUUUGUUUACUUGUGGGGCUGCUGUUCCUAGCCUUUGGUUGCCGAAGAAAAACCAGAAACUGGGCAAUGAAACAGAACUCCUACAAAGAAGAACAAUAUCUCUCUGGUCCCUUCUCUUUCCAGACUGAUUCAACCACCUGGGUAGCAGAUGUUAAGAUUGCAACUUCAGUUCCAGUCAUUAUUUUUGAGAAACCAUUGCUGAACUUCACAUUUGCAGACCUCUUGUCUGCAACUUCACACUUUGACCGUGGAACUUUGUUGGCCGAAGGAAGAUUUGGCCCUGUUUAUAGAGGAUUUCUACCUGGUGGGAUUCAAGUAGCUGUCAAGGUUUUGGUCCAUGGGUCAACCAUGACCGACCAUGAAGCUGCAAGGGAGCUUGAGCAUCUUGGUCGAAUCAAGCACCCUAAUCUUGUUCCACUUACGGGAUAUUGCUUGGCUGGUGACCAAAGGAUUGCCAUUUAUGACUACAUGGAGAAUGGAAAUUUGCAGAACUUGCUUCAUGACUUGCCACUUGGGGUUCAAACAACUGAAGAUUGGAGCACUGAUACAUGGGAAGAAGGUGACACUGAUGGAAUUCAAAAUGUUGGUUCUGAAGGGUUGUUAACGACAUGGAGAUUCAGGCACAAGCUCGCACUUGGCACUGCCCGUGCACUGGCAUUUCUCCACCACGGGUGCUGUCCUCCAAUAAUUCACAGGGACGUCAAAGCUAGCAGUGUCUACCUCGACUGCAAUUUGGAACCUAGAUUAUCUGAUUUUGGACUCUCAAAGAUUUUUGGCAAUGGCUUGGAAGAUGAAAUAGCUCGAGGUUCACCUGGGUACAUUCCACCGGAGUUUCUCCAGCCAGAUGCGGGCUCUCCAAGUAUCCCCACGCCAAAAUCUGAUGUUUAUGGAUUUGGGGUGGUUCUGUUUGAGCUAAUUACCGGGAAAAAGCCUAUUGAAGAUGAGUAUCCAGAUGAGAAAGUAACCAACUUGGUUGCAUGGGUAAGAGGACUAGUAAAGAAGAACCAAACGUCAACGGCAAUUGAUCCAAAAAUUUGUGGAACGGGACCAGAGGCACAAAUGGAGGAGGCUUUAAAGAUUGGAUACCUAUGCACAGCUGAUUUACCCUCAAAGAGACCAAGCAUGCAGCAGGUGGUGGGACUUCUUAAGGAUAUCGAACCAGUUACACAUCCAUGAAGAACAAACACAAAAGAAAACAAAUUAACAUCUUGUUCUUUCCUAUUUAUUAAUUUACGCCCUGUUCCUUUGUUUUGAGUCUAUGAGUUUCGAGUUCUUCUUCGCUGCCAUGAAGAAAAUGUACAGUUCUGUUGCAGACACCGGCUUCUUUCUUUCUGCCUCACCAUUUAUGGCUGCACCAAUAUACAUGGCUUCAUCCUUUAAAGUUCAAAA